CCAUGGAGGUGAGCACCGUGUUCCCAUCUCCUGCCUCACCCACUGAAGCAGAUGAUCUCUGUGAUAUUGAUGUCACCACUGUGGCCAUACACAGUGUGACCCUGCUCAUCGGCCUCUGUGGGCUGGCUGGGAACGGGGCUGUCAUCGGCCUGCGAAACCUGAAAAUCCUUAACUCUGACUUCUUUAUGCUUGCUGUCAUUGAUUUCCUCUUCCUCCUCUUUGCGGUACCCUCAGCACUCCUCUUCCUGGUGGAGGAUGUGUCCUGCACUCCUAUUCUGCCCCUGCUGUAUCUGAGUUUCCUUUUCCAGUCGUCAGUGGUCUCCCUCUACUGGGGGCUGUUCUGGCUGAUGGGCAGCAGCAGUGCGUGGUCUAUAUACAAGCUCUGCAAACUCUGCUGCCGCUGCGGGCUUCCAGGGCGCCUGUUGUGGGUGUUGGACAGUGUCAAGAUCUAGGCCUUCUUUGUUCUCUUCAAUGUCAUUCCCACGGUGACAUUUGUGUGCCCAUCACAGCAGCAGCAGCACUGCCAGGCAGCUCUCAUCUCCGUGUACACCGUCAUCCUGCUCCUCUUUGCUGCACCCGUGGCCAUUUCUCGCACAAUCGAUUUCAUUAAGGCCAAGUGGGGCUCCCAGCAGCAGCAACUCAAGAGACGCGACAUCGUUAUCUUCAUCAUUGUGUUCCUCACUCUCCUCUUCAUCCUCUGGAAUUUCCUGCAGCAGCUUGGUUACAUCACUGUGUCCUCCCAGGUUGUUUUCCUGCUCGCCUGCAUCCACAGCAGCAUUAAACCCUUCAUCUACUUCUUGGCAGGAGAGUGCUGGAGACCAUGCUCCAUAAAGUGCCUCCAACUCUCACUCCAAAGGGUCUUUGAGGAGUCAAAAAAAAAAAAACCUGCAUUCAGAAAUCAUGCCCCCAGGGACACAGGGGUCUGAGCCUGUUGGUCCCUUCCACUGCUCUGCUGAAGGACACCAGGAGAGUGGCUGAGGGGCACUCCUUGAGUCACCUGAUUAAUAAAUAUCCACGGGAUCACUCUCCCUGUGGUGCUGUAUUCCUGCAGGAGAAUGGAGCAGGAGCAUUGCCUUGGGUGAUUUUUGUGGGAUGCUCUGCAGGGAGCACAUUGCAGCAUGGCUUUCCUCCUCCCUCCUGGAUCCACAUGGCUCCAAGCAGUGCAGCUGGGCUCAGUGCUGUUCCCUAGCUCUGUUCCCCAUGCAAUGACCCUCAUGGCCUCAGCCCCAGGGAAUGAACUCCAUCUCCUUUGGCUCAGCAGAUGAGUUCCAUGGUGUUUCCAGGGAGCUCUUGCCUGCAAAGAAUGGGGCACCUUAAUCCAUGGGGACACACCCAGCACGGGGUGGCAGUGAUUUCCCAAAUCCCUGCAGGGCUGGUGCCUCUGGAUGGCAGGAGAGGGGUUGGGAUCACAGGGAGCAUCCUUCCCCUUCUGUCCAGCAGAGCCAGCCCUGCAUUCCCAGCUGAUGGGAAGGGACACCAGGUAGGGCUGCAGAGCUGGAGAGGGACAGCAACAUUCCCUUAUCCUUUCAGUGGGAAUGUCUCACAUUCUUCAAUUCCAGAAUUGAAUCCUUCUGAGGAAAGUGCAGGGUCGAUGGUGAACUCCACUGAACUCCUAUGUCUGUAUCCAGAAAGUACAUGGAAUAUGGAAAUUCCCAUCACCAGAUGCUUGGACCAUUGAAUUGCACAGAAAUUAGGGGGUUAUGCUGCUUUUCUGCAGAAUGGGGCCAUCCAUCCUCUGGUUCCCCAGCAUCAGUGUCCAGGGAAGCCCUUGAGCACCUCCAUCCUGAACCUGGCCACCCUCAGGAGGAGCUGCACAGCCACUCUGCACAGCAGCUCCAGCCACAGUCCAGCCUGUCCUGAUCUUUGUCAUUCUGUAACUAUCCCUCAAUCAGAUUUGGAUUCAUGGUUUUUGUUUCUUUCCACUGUGGUAGUCCCAGCCUCAGAAUUUGUUGAAUAAACAACGUCCAGGCUUCACUGCAGGGCCUGUCCCUGUUAAACAGUGUCCAGAAUGACUCAUUUCCUUCUUUUAUCCCAUCCUAAAGCCUCUGGCUGCUCUGGGAGCAGGGCAGGUCCCUGUCUCAUACCAGAGCCCUUCCUAAGGCACAUGCCUGCAAUGCUUGGGAUGGUGUUGGCAGUGCCAAGAGCUCCUGAUUCCUCCUGGGAGAGACCUGUGCAACAGCCACAUCUCUUGCUCAGGGGGAAGUUGUCCCUCCUUUUCCCACUGCCUUAAAUCCAGGGGAAACCAAUGUGCCACUGCUUCUGGAAAGGGAAGUGUGAGUGAAAGCUGUGGGUGGUGAGUCAGGCUUUGGAGACACACAUGAGGUUAAACAUCUAUGGAACAUUUAUUAACAGUGUUGUUAGUAAUUAACAGAAGAGAAAGACUUGGACAUCUGAGAGGGGUUUUCUCUCAUUGACUCUCAUUUUCUGUCCAUUGGAAAGACAAAACUUUCCAAGGUACAACCUCGGGUCCAGGGAAGAACAACGCACCCGAAGCGUCCAUCCCAAGGCAAGUGCAGAAGGACCAUUAUCCUUCCAUGAACUUUUUCUCCUACCCAGCACAUUCCUUAUCUCCAAUGCCACCCAGGCCACUCCCCAGCUGAGCUUCCUUUCAAAAGAGCAAUGAUUUCAAAGCAAAAGGUUUCCUGGCUCUCCCUGCCCAUGAAAGAAGGAGAGAUGGAAUGAGAUGAUCUCUACCGUUCCUUCCAACCACUCCUGGGUCACUUUAUGAGCUGAAUUGUGUCCCCAUUCAUCUGUUUAGCCCAGAAAUAGGUUUUGCACAUUUCAGACUGGUUCUUGGGCAAAGAGGGGCAGAGCAGAUGCAGCAGUUUGUUUUCAGAAGCUGCGCUCACUCCUCCCCAUUCCUGCUCCCAGACCGUGCUGUCUGCAGCACAGACAUGCAGCACAGAGCUCUCCAUUGCUUUUAGGUUUUUUCAGCUUGCUGAGGCAGAGAACUUCCCAGGACUGUGGUUUUCCUUUUGCUUUGAACUGUUCAAACCUGCUCUGGACUG